CCACGCGAUCCCUGAGAUCUCGCGAGAGUUCGCGUUGCUAGGAGACGUAGGACGCCCUAAGCGUCAGGCGAACGUGGAUACAGCGCGUUACCCGGGCGUUACCCACAACUGCUCGGUCACACACCCGAAGACCCCAAGAUGCCGGGUAAGCGUAAAAAGUUUUUGACGGAGGAGGAGCAGCUGCUGCAAGCUCAACAGAAGCUUCUUGCGGAGGAAGAUUCCCGUCGGAAAAAGGAGGACAUGCUAAUGCAGUACCUUAAGGAGAAGCUGGCCAAGGAGGAGAACAACACACGGCUCAACUCUAUCAAGCUGACUCAGCAAUGGCGCGCCAUGAUGCGUCAGGCCAAGAGCCAGGAGCUUUGCCGCGACCUCGAGAUCCUGAGCCAGACGUUUGAGCGCGUAGUUGAUCGAAAGGACAGUGUUAUCAAGUGCCUCACCAAGGACCUGGAGGAGGCGGAAGAGCAACACUGCAUGGCGUUUCGAAGCCACAUGGAGAAUGUGCAGAGGUUGCUGGGUUUGCAAGCAGCGCGUGUGAAACGUCUCAGGGAAGAAUACCAGCUGGAGGUGUCUGCCCUCAAGGAGGAGUUUGACAGUGAGAGGGAGCUCAUUGUUCAGCAGCACGCCCACGAGAUAUCGGACAUCAAGGACAUCCUGUUCGCAAUGGAGGAGAAUUUUGCAGAGAAGGAGAAAGAGGCACUGCAAGAGUUCCACAGCUCAAUGGAUGAGAUCAAGAACGACGUUCUCGAGGAGAAGCAGGCGUUGCGCGUACAGCUGGAAGGUGCUGUGGAGGCCCUGUGGCGCCAGUUCCAGGUGGCGCUGCAGCAGUACACGGAUGCCACGGAGGAGCGGCGCAUCGCCUUCGAUGCCCUGAAGACACGCGACGAGAAGAGUGCUCGUGAGAUUGAAGCUCAGGCGCGCAGGUUGCAGCGUCUACAGGACUCGAUGGCGUCCGUGCGCGCACGCACAUCGGCGCUGGCGCGCGAGUGCGAGGAGCGGAACCAGCGUCUGCGCGAGGAGCGAGCGGCGGCGCGGCUGCACGCCCUGCAGGGCAAGGGGGCGCUGGGGGAGCAGCGCUCGCGGGAGCGCAAGCGCCUCGCAGUCCUGGCCGAGCACAGCCACCGAACCAACGCCGUCCUCAACACGGUGCUGCGGAAGGCUGAGCAGGUACUGAAGAUGGGGGAGAUUUGCCGGCGUAUGGAGACCGAGCAAGAGAAGGUGCUGCCCUUCCCGCCCAGCGCCCUGACCCCUGAGGAGCAGCGCGACGUGGACACCCAGCUGGCCCAGACGCCCACCCAGCAGCUCUCGCAGGUCGCAGCGCGGUACAGCUCGAUGGAGCGCUUCUGGUGCCGCUACAACAAGGUGCUGCUGGAGCAGCUGGCUCUGGAGCACGAGCGCGAUGCCCUGCAGCGGGAGAACGGGCGCCUGCGCCGUGCGCUGCAGCUCUACCUGGAGGGACUGUCGCUCGGAGGAGAUGCGCCAGCCCUCGCCACCGCCACUGCCGCCACCCCGAUUGUGCCCGUCGGUGACGCGCGCGUGCGACGGCCCAGCUACAUGGUCGUCAUCGAAGCGGCGCACGUCGUGAAGCACCUCGUGCCGUCCUGAGCGAUGGGCGCGCUGGCGCGUGAUGGGAGUUUUUGCGCGGUAGGAAGGAGUGUGGGUGAAGCAUGACUUUGCCGCACUGAGAUCGGCAAGACAAAUACCAUUUUCAAGUGUAUUUCUAAUACUAACCUUUAAAUAAUAACUAUACAAAUGAUAUUUCUUUAUCCAUCCGUAACACUGAGUAUAAUUUUUAGGAUUUUCUUUGUUUCCUUGUUUAUAUGAAGGAGAAAAAUGGAGUAGCCAGAGACAAUCCAAGCAUACAAGCAGUUGACACUACAAAAGUUUACAGACCGGUGAGUGACCAAUUCGCUAAGUUGCUAUCCGAUGGUCACCUCACGGCCCAAUAUAUUGCAAAUCUCCGUCACAUGAUGUACACUUUAAACCACACCUCCGAUUAGCACGGUUGGCUACGCAUGGUGCAAAACAAGUUCAACAUACAUAUGUGGUCCUAAAGGCAGGGAUGGGGAAUCUAAGGCCCACCAGCUGGAUACAAUCUAAAUUUGAAGUUUUCGUGACUGCAAUGAUCCAUACCCUUUGGUUCUUUCGGUAAAGUCACGUAGGUGACAAUAAAAAAUAAAGUUAAUCAAAUCACGACGUUUCGGAAGCAACACAAGC